AUGGAACUUCAUCAGAAGCGGACCCCCAGCCAGGGUGUUCUCAGCGUGGAGAUCAUCUCUUGGUCACGCCCUCGCCGUCUCGGUCGCGCCUCAAUUGUUGUUCACCAGGCAAGCAAAUGCAGCACUCCCGCCGAAAACGCUGCAAAGAAUGAAGAUAUGGCCAGCACACCCGCAGGUCACUCAACUGAUCUCCUCGAUGAUGGAACCGAUGACAUCCAGAUUCAGCCUCUCUGUCCAGAGAUGAAAAGACCCAUCACUGAUGAAAAUGCCCGUGUGGGCAGUGCUGGCUCAGAGGGGUUGCUGGAUGUCAGCCUGGAUAAGUUGAAGAUCCCAGUGUUGGAGCCUCAGUGUGCAUCAUCUUCCUUUACACACCACCCUGACUCCCCCACACAGACAAAGACAGAGCCAGAAGCACAGACUGAUUUGAGCAUCUCUUCUGCCCCCUGGGAUGGUAGCCUUCGGUGGGCCCUAACCGGUGCAAGCAUCUUCGAUAACCCUGGCGAAGAGAACGACGCCUUCCGUUACCGAGCCAAUAUGAUCAGUCGUCAGCCGCUUUCCGAACUGUCGGUCUUCCAGUACGGCCUGCGCUACAUCCCAUCUGGCAACGACAUCGACGCGUACCGCACCGUUCGUGUUGAGGAGCUCCCAGCUGAGAUUUCCCUCUCGCAGAUCCUCGCAUGCGUCAGGACGGAGAUCUACUCGGCUCGUCUUGCAGAUACUAUGGCAAUCACUGGUGCAAACACUGGGAUUAUUACCUUCGUCACCCAGGACGAUGCAGUCCAGUUCCUGACCCAAGUCGUCGACAACUCCAUUACCCUACCAGCCGGGAAGGUUGUCCCUGUCUGCACUCCCACCUACCCGAUUCCCGCAGAUAUCGCGCGUCUGAUCGCUGAGGAGGGCCACACUCGUUCCAUUGGCGUCUAUUCUUUCAGGGGCGCGCUCAACGACGAAGUGCUUAGCCUCAUCCACCGCCCCGCCUACAUGUUCCGCGCUCAGAUUGAAGGUAUCGAGGAUGGCCCUGCGCCUGGCGAGAUUACGAUCAAGAUGCUUUCCGUGAAGGCGGCAGCGGCUGUUUUUGCUCUGCUGAGAGGCCAUCCUAGCUUGCGGAGGUGCCAGCUUCGCUUUCUGAAGUGCAACGAAGGCACUCAAGUGGACUCUGCUGGGUUUAUUGAGGAGGAAUGACUUUUGAAUGCGGUUUGAUCUGACUCUAAGAUAAACACCCUAGGUGCCUCUUUGUCUCAGCUGUUGCAGUCGUGGUGGAUAUCCCGGUCACAUACUGCGGGGGGGGGAUAUUUUGCAUUCUGAACUUAGGUGUUGAUCAUGUCCUCAUAACGAUUAGUGAAU